UCGAGCGCAGUGAAAGCAAAACACGGAUGAUUUUGAGACCGUUUCUCGUUAAAUUCGAACCCUCAACCUCGAGAUGUCGGAGUCCCCGGAGACUCUGAGUGUCCCGGAGCGGCUGCAGCGGCUGAAGGAGCUCACGGAGUUCACGGAGGACUGCAAGAAGAAGCUGGACGACAUGUUUGAAGCGCUGGGCUGGUCCAUGGACUACAACUCCAACCGGGAUGCGAUGGAGCAAUGUCCCUACGACGCCAACCACAGAGUCCCGGUGACGAGCAUGGAGCGACACAAAGCCUCCUGCAGCCGCCGGAGGAUGGGCUACUCCGCCGAGGAGGAGGCGGAGAUGUUCGACCCUUCCGUGUGCUGUGAGAACAGCGGCGUCAGGAGCUUCACGACAGACAAAUCUACGCAGCACCAAGUGAUCCUGCAGGCGAGGUCUGCUGCACCGCUGAUGAGGAUGGAGGGAGUCUUCUGGCAAGGCCAGUACUCCGGCCAGCCGGUCGACGUGCCCCAGAACCAUAAGCGCGCCGUGUGCGACCUCACCGUGGCCGACCGCCUGGCUCUGUACGACCACGUGGUCGGCGUGCUGAGACGGAGCGCGGCGGCCGGCAGCAACGAGGACCUCUACGUGGACCUGGUGUCCAAACUGCAGACGGACGAGCAGCAGAACCAGCCUAAGACUCACCUGGAGCUGAUGGCGGAGAUGAGGGACUACAAGAGGCGGCGCCAGUCGUACCGCGCCAAGAACGUCCACAUCACCAAGAAGUCCUACACUGAGGUGAUCAGAGAGGUGAUCAGGGUCCACUCAGGGGAGCUCAGCAGACAGUGGAGGGAGGAAGAGGAGGAGGAAGAGGAGAAAAAGGAGGAGGAGAAGGAGAAGCAGGAGGAAGAUAAGGUGGAGGCGGAGUCCACCAGGUCUGAACUCUCCUCCCACAGGCGGCGUCCGGAGGAGAAGCGCCCGGCGUCGCCGGAGUCUCGCCACGCACACGGCCAACGGCGCCGCGAGCGGAGCCCGGAGAGAGAGAGCAAGAAGAAGAAGAGGAAGAGAGAGAGGGAUUCCGGCUCCCCGGACGAACACCACCACCACCACCACGACCGGAAGAAGAAGAAGAAGAAGAAAAGGGAGGACAGGGAGAAGGAGAAGUGAGGUAGUCAGUCGAGGUCAAAGGUCACCGUGGCCUCGAUGUUUCUGGGGGAUUCUGGAAAUAAAUAAAGUUUUAGGAACCGACUAAAACUUUAAAUUACAUUUCUGUCAGUCUCGAACAGGCCCCGCCCCCACCUCUGCCUGAUUGGCUGGGACCACAUGGAAUGUUGGACAUUAGUGUGAUAGCUCACCACGAGGUCAAAGGUCACUCUUGGUAAAGGCUUCAUUUGAUCUCUGUGUGCGACUUCGCGAUUUCUAACGUCAUUGGGAAACUUUGGAAAAGUCUUUUAUUUUGAAAUUUUGGUUUCUGAAAACUUGCGACUGGAAUUUUUUUUUAAUUCAUCCAUUUAAGAAAUAAAUGACACUUAAAAAUG